AAAUCGUUCAGCGGGAGAAACCGAAACGAAAGGAGAAAUUAGUUGCGAGUUUGAUCGAGGUUGUGAUUUUAAACGGUUUUGGGAAACGUUCAACUCGUCUUGGUCAGAGAAUCUUUCCACCAGAGGAAUGCGGCGCUCAGGAGCUCCCAGUCAGCUUUUUGGCAAUGCAAUGAAAAAACCUCGAUUUGUACCACCUGGAGCAUCUGCUUCAUAUUUUGUCCCUGAGCCGAAGCCUCUGACCCCAAAACCUGUUUCAUGCAACACAUUGAAUACGAUCCAGAGAACUCUUUCAUCACCAGUUGUGAAUAAAUCAACUUUAAAUGUCGAGGCCAAACCCAGCCAGACUGCUCCAUCUGUUUCCAAGGCACUGGCUCGAGUUCUUGGAGCAACAGAAAGUAAAGAAAAUGAAUCUGAGGCAAAAUAUCAAAACACUGGAUCAGAAGAUCGCACAGAGGACAAAAAUGCAGCAGGAGAAAAUAAAAGUCCUCAGUGGGAUCCUGAAUCUCCUCGAACCCCUCAGCCCUCUGCCGGGUCAGAAGGAGUCUCUGGAGGCGCACAGGAUGGAGUGUGUUACUUCAGUGUGGUAUGGUGUAAGGCCAGUAAGAAGAAACACAAGCGCUGGGAGGGGGAUGCAGUGCUGGUCACAAGAGGACGCUCAGUUGUACUUAAAGACAUGGAAGGGAAGGAUAUUGGAAAGGGCAGUGGCUACAAAGUGUCAGAGCUGGCCUCACUAUCUGAAGGAGAAACUCUGAUGAUCGGAGGGAAAGAGGUGGAGGUGAUGGGAAUCAUUUCUGCUGAGGACUUUGCCAAAGGUCGAUGUUUCCAGGAGGUCCAAACAGAUUCAGUAGAGUCCAACACGAAGCCUGCUCCGCCUCCCUCACAUCGCUCGGCUUCCAAACCUUUCUGCCCACCUACGAUGGUGGGCGGAGCAGGGCGUCCAGACACUAAAGCAGAAAAAGAGCAAGUGUACAGUCCUCUUCACAACCCACUAGCUCCAGGUGCACUAGUGAUGCCUCGCCCCUCUUCCAAUCACCAGUGGCUUCAUAAUAAAUCAGGGCUCCCUGUGGUUGAUGUUGUGGUUGAUCCACACCUGUCCACACACCUACGACCUCACCAAAGAGAAGGCAUCCUCUUCCUCUACGAGUGUGUCAUGGGCAUGAGAGCUGUGGGACGCUGCGGUGCAAUCCUGGCUGAUGAGAUGGGUCUGGGAAAGACUCUCCAGAGCGUGGCAUUGUCCUGGAUGUUGCUCAAACAGGGGCCUUACGGCGGGAAGCCAGUGACAAAACGCAUCCUCGUGGUUACACCUGGCAGCCUCGUGCAGAACUGGAAAGCUGAGUUCACCAAGUGGCUGGGACGUGAGAGGAUCAACAUUUUUACCGUGGAUCAGGAUCACAGAAUAGAGCAGUUUGUGUUGUCUCCUCUACACAAUGUGCUCGUGAUCAGCUAUGAGAUGCUGCUGCGCUGCCUGGAGCAGAUACAGAAAGUGGAGUUUGGUCUCAUAAUUUGCGACGAGGGUCACAGAUUGAAGAACAGCAGUAUUAAAACUUCUUCUGCUCUCAGCAGCCUCAGCUGUAGCCGCAGAGUCAUUCUCUCAGGGACGCCAGUGCAAAACGACCUGCAGGAGUUCUACGCUAUUAUAGAGUUUGUUAACCCAGGGAUUCUCGGCUCCUCGACUGCUUAUAGAAAAGUGUACGAGGAACCAAUUCUGCGCUCCAGGCAGCCAUCCUGCACAGAGGAGGAGAGAGUUUUGGGAGAAGAGAGAGCGGCAGAACUCUCCCGUCUCACCGGCAUGUUCAUCCUGAGGCGGACGCAGGAGAUCAUUAACAGCUACCUGCCGCCCCGUCUGGACUGGACCUUGUUCUGCGAGCUGUCCCCUCUGCAGCACCAGCUGUACAAGCACCUCCUCAGCCACCGCGUCUUCAGGGCAUGUCUUCAGGGCUACAGUCAAACCAACAUGCACCUGGCCUGCAUCACUGCACUGAAGAAGCUCUGUAACCAUCCUGGUUUGCUUCACAUCAGUGUCAAGGAGAGAACAGACCGCGGAUCUGUGGAGAGUUCUUUAUACGAGGGCCUCACGGAUCUCUUCCCAGAAUCCUAUUCUUCAGCAGAAUUCAGCAGCGAGGACUCUGGAAAACUGAUGGUUCUUUCAGACCUGCUGAGCGCCAUCAGACACCUCAGCCCUUCAGACAGGGUUGUCCUAGUGUCAAACUACACUCAGACGCUGGACCUGCUACAGGACCUGUGCGUACACAUGGGCUACACCUUCUGUCGGUUAGACGGCCACACCCCCACCAGCCAGCGACAGCGUCUGGUCGACACUUUUAACAGCCCCUAUUCUCAGAACUUUGUGUUCCUGCUGAGCUCCAAGGCGGGCGGGGUAGGACUUAAUCUGAUCGGCGCUUCCCACCUGGUGCUGUACGACAUCGACUGGAACCCUGCCAACGACAUUCAGGCCAUGGCUCGAGUCUGGAGAGAUGGACAGAAAAAGACGGUGCACAUUUACCGUCUUCUCACUGCAGGUACCCUGGAGGAGCGGAUAUUUCAGAGGCAGGUGUCCAAACAGGGGCUGUCAGGCACCGUUGUUGACUUGGGGAAAGGAGCAGAGCACACAAGUUUCUCCACAAAUGAACUCCAAGACCUCUUCAGCCUGACGGACACGCCUUGUUUGACUCAUGACCUGCUGAACUGCGACUGCAGCGCCGACGGUUCUGUCAGCGAGGAAGCAGUGGAAGAGGCGGAGCAUGUUUCUCACAGACCUUGUCAGCUCGGUCGUCAAGGUGACCGCAAGGAGGCGUCGCAGAAGCAUCUGAGCAUGUCGGAGCUCAUGCGGUGGAGACACUUCUCCGGUGACACACACACCUUCUCAGACCCCUACCUCGAUCACGCUCGAAGCCACAUCACCUUCGCUUUCCAGACCACCAUCUCUCACACAACUCAAUAAACACACUGGCUGUCUGUGGACACGCACACAGAGGCUUUAUUUGAAACAAUAUUGUGUUGUAUAGUAAAAUCUUACAACCUGUCUUUAAUUUCGUUCCCUUUUCUUUAUUUAUUUAACAUAAUUAGCUGUAAAAAUAAAUAAAUAAAUGAAAUUCUCAAGUUAAAUGAGUAAAACUGAAUUUUGAGUAGUUCUUUGGUUGUGACAGAACAUUUCCUUUUGAGGGGUUUUUGUGGGAUUGUAGCAGUUUUUUCUUAUAGGAUAAACAAUACCAGUCCUGGGUUAACAGUAGAAGAAUUUGUGGUUUGCGCACGCAGACACGUUCCCACUUAAAGAAAUUAGUUCAUUGUUUUAACAUGUCAUUCACGAACGAAGGCAGCUGAGGGUCAGAGUGCUCACAGCUUGAAUUGUUUCUUACUGUCACAGUUUUGUUACGCAAUGACCCUUUGCACAUUUAACUUUGGGUGAAACUGUGGGGCUUUAGAUGUGGGCCAUGCUGCGAUCUGUUCUCUCGUUUAUUUUGAAUAACGCUGUUCUGUGCGUGCCCUUCAACACAAAGCUGCUGCGUGGGCGUUACAGCAUGUCGCUGCGUGGAUCUGUGGAUGAUUUGCGCUCCAGUCUGUCAAGUUGACCGAGCUUCAGCACAAUACGGAGUCUUUAUGCAAACAGUGUAAUUAUCAUUUAUCCGAUGAUCACAACUGUGCUGGAUUGUUAAACAACUUUGUUGUGUAAUAAAUGGGUCUCUGGGAUGUCAAACAUUUUU